AAGAAUCAGCGUUUCCCAGCUCAAAGUCAGAACGCCCUUCACGUUUGACUUCCUGCAAUGUCCAAGCAUGCCACGCUGGUUUUCUCGCGCCACGGAGAGUCCGAGUGGAACGUGGCCAACAUCUUCACGGGCUGGGUGGACGUAGACCUCUCGGAGAAGGGCUUGGGUGAGGCUAAGGGGGCUGGGGAGCUCUUGAAGACCGAAGGCCUGAAGAUCGAUGUGGCUUUCACCUCCUUCCUGAAGCGCGCCAUCAAGACUUGCAACCUGGCGCUGGAGGCAGCAGACCAGCUGUAUGUGCCCCAGAACAAGUCCUGGCGCCUCAAUGAGCGAAUGUACGGAGGCCUUACUGGCCUUGACAAGAAGGAGACGGUGGUGAAGCACGGCGCGGAGCAGGUGCAGAUCUGGCGCCGCAGCUUUGACAUCCCACCGCCGGCGCUGGAGAAGGACAGCAAGUACCACCCCUGCCACGAGGCCAAGUACAAAGGUUUGGACCCUAAAGAGCUUCCGGACACGGAGUGCCUCAAGGACACCAUUGCGCGGGUCCAGCCGUACUGGGAGGAGGCCAUCGUGCCGGAGCUGAAAGCGGGAAAGACGGUCUUCGUGGCGGCCCACGGGAAUUCCAUCCGUGCCAUUGUCAAGAUGAUCGAGGGCAUCGCCGAUGACGUGAUCCCGGGCCUGGAGAUUCCCACAGGCACGCCGCUGGUCUACGAGCUGGACGCCGAGCUGAAGCCCAUCGCCACCCCCCUGGCGGUGGAGCCUCUGAAGUUCGGGCGCUACCUGGGGGAUGCUGAGAAGAUCAAGGCGGCGGCCGAGGCCGUAAAGAACCAGACCAAGGUGGGCUGAGCUUCUGAGCUUCUGAGCUUCUGAGCUUCUCGUUUUCCGGUACAUCGGAACAGACUUAAGACAUCUGCUCGGAACCAGAAGCUGUUCGUGCGAGCUGCGAGAGACGGAGAGGUCCUGCCUUGUUUUCCACAGUUGGCUGCCAGCAGGACCGUCGCGCACAGAAAAGGAG